GAAAUUAGUUACCAGCACAGAGAGCUACUAGAACUGGAUUCAUCUAAUGUGACCUCAAGCUGCCUUGCAAGUUUACAGCAGCCAGUGGGCAUCCUUCUUCUGGAGCAGGCCCUGAUGGCUCUGUCCCCUGCGGAGGAGCCCCUCCCCAAGCGGAUGCGUGGGAGGACAGAGCUUCCCCCAGAUGUCAUCAGAUGGAUUGAACUUGCUAAGCUCUACCGAUCUCUUGGGGAUUAUGAUGUCCUUCGUGGCAUUUUCAGUGGUAAGAUUGGGACUAAGGAAAUUACACAGAAAGCGUUGUUUGCAGAAGCAAGAAGUGAUUAUGCUGAAGCAGCUAAAUAUUAUGAUGAGGCACUCUCCAAAGAAGACUGGCAAGAUGGAGAGCCAACAGAAGUGGAGAAGGACUUCUGGGAACUUGCAUCUCUGGAAUGCUAUGACCACCUCACAGAGUGGAAGUCCCUGGAGUAUUGUGCUACCAUUAAUAUUGACAGUGGAAAACCUCCAGACCUGAGCAAAACAUGGAAUGAUCCAUUUUUUCAGGAGACGUAUCUGCCCUAUAUAAUACGCAGUAAGUUGAAGUUACUGCUCAGUGGGAAAAAUGACCAGACUUUGCUAACUUUUAUUGAUGAGGCAAUGAAGACAGAACAGAAGAAAGCCAUUAUAGAAAUGCAUUACAGCCAAGAGCUUAGUCUCCUUUACAUCCUGCAAGAUGAUUUUGAUAGAGCCAAAUACUACAUUAGCAAUGGCAUGCAGAUCUUCAUGCAGAGCUAUUCCAGCAUUGAUACUUUAUUGUAUCAAAGUCGAAUGACCAAACUGCAGUCUGUACAAGCUUUGACAGAAAUACAGGAUUUCAUCGAUUUUAUGACCAAGACAAGUAACUUAGCUUCACAGGCUUCCCUUAAGAGACUUCUCAGAAUUUGGACAAACAGAUAUCCAGAUGCUAAAAUGGAUCCUAUGAACAUCUGGGAUGAUAUCAUUACAAAUCGGUGUUUCUUUCUUGACAAACUGCAAGAGAAACUUCUCCAUGAUCAGGCCAAUGAUAGUAUGGAGGUGGAUGAAGAAUGUGGUGCUGGUGACCAAAUGGAAGUGGAUCAACAGGGUGAAGACAUUUACUCAAUGAUUAAAACCUGCAAAUUUAACAUGAAAAUGAAGAUGAUAGAAAGUGCCAGGAAACAGAACAGCUUCUCAGUUGCCAAGAAGCUUCUGACAGACCUACACAAAGAAGCCAAAAUGAGGGAAGACUGGCUGGUGAGGUGGAAUUACGCCUAUUGCCGCUUUACACAUAGUUGCAGCCGGAACCAGACUUGUCCUGAACGUAUACGCUCAGUGUUAAGAACCAUCUCCCUGCUUGAAGAUACCAAGUCUGACUAUCUUAGCAAGAACACAACGGCCUUCCGAAACCAGAAUCUUCUUCUGGGUACUACGUACCACAUCAUGGCCAAAGCUGUUAGUCAGGAUCCAAGAUGUCUUGAACAAAUUGGGGAAGAAAAAGCAGGAAGAAUAUCAGUACUAUCAGGAGAAAGUCUUGAGAGUCCCGAAAAGGUAUUGGCAGGUCUGAACAAGAAGGCUUUUCAGUGUUUCAGCAGUGCCGCAAGGAAGUCCGAAGAGGAGGUGCAGUCCCACUCCAUGGAACAUGUAGAUGUGAUGGGAGUUAUCGAUGCAUAUAUGACGUUGGUUGGUUUCUGUGACGAGCAUCUGCAUAGGGAAGAAGAAGACUCGCUUGAAAUUAGCACUGCAGAUCUGCAGCCAUUCCCAGCUAUUGUGGUGGAGAAAAUGAUAAAAGCUUUAAAACUGAACUCCAGAGAAGCCAGGCUGCGAUUUCCUAGACUGCUGCAAAUAAUUGAAAGAUAUCCAGCAGAGACAUUGGGUCUAGUGACACGAGAGCUUUCUUCGGUUCCCUGUUGGCAGUUCAUUGGUUGGAUUAGCCAGAUGAUGGCACUACUUGACAAGGAUGAAGCAGUAGCCGUGCAACAUACGGUUGAAGAGAUCGCAAAUACCUAUCCCCAGGCAAUCAUCUACCCUUUCAUGAUCAGCAGUGAAAGUUACUGUUUCACAGAUACUGCAACUGGUUAUAAGAACAAGGAGUUUGUGGAAAGGAUCAAGAAUAAGUUGGACAGAGGAGGAGUAGUUCAAGAUUUUGUUCGCUCCCUGGAACAGCUCUCUAAUCCAAUAAUGCUUUUUAAGGAUUGGGUUGAGGAUGUCAGAAACGAGUUGGUAAAAACUCAGAGGAAUAAAAAUAAGCUUAAGGAACUGUAUGAAGGAAUGUACAAGAAUUUGGGAAAUCUAGAGGCUCCUGGCCUUGGAUUGCUGAGGAAAAGGUUUAUUCAGGCUUUUGGGAAGGACUUUGACCGCCAUUUUGGAAAAAGCGGUUCUGAACUGUUGGAUAUGAAGGCUAGAGACUUCGAUGCAAUUGCAGCUUCUCUCAUCUCAAAAAUGAACGAAAACCAUAAAGAACCUGGAAACUUGAAAGAAUGUUCCCCGUGGAUGAGUGAAUUCAAAGCUGAGUUCCUGAGGAAUGAACUAGAAGUUCCUGGUCAGUAUGAUGGAAAAGGGAAACCACUGCCAGAGUACCAUGCAAAAAUCUCUGGAUUUGAUGAACGGAUACGUGUAAUGGAAUCCUUGAGGAAGCCAAAACGUAUAACAAUCCGAGGCAGCGAUGAGCAGGAGUAUCCUUUUCUUGUCAAAGGUGGUGAAGACCUGCGACAAGACCAACGUAUUGAGCAGCUGUUUGAUGUAAUGAACAUUAUCCUUUCCCAAGAUGCUACGUGUAGCCAAAGGAAUAUGCAGUUAAAAACUUACCAGGUCAUCCCCAUGACAACAAGACUGGGGCUCAUCAAGUGGCUGGAAAAUACUUGUACUUUAAAGGAAUUCCUUAAGAAUAGCAUGUCUGAAGACGAAGACCUCAACUAUAACAGCAAAAAAGGACCUCGUGCUACCUAUUCUGAGUGGCUGUCCAAGAUGGGUGGGAAAGUGCAAGGCAUCUCUCGAUACCAUGUUAUGUACAGAAAUGCUAGCCGUACAGAAGCAGUGAUGUCUUUCAGAAGCAGGGAAAGCAGUGUUCCAGAAGACCUGCUGCGGCGAGCCUUUGUGAAAAUGAGUACGUCUCCUGAAGCCUUCCUGUCUCUGCGGUCCCAUUUUGCCAGCUCUCAUGCACUGAUGUCCAUCAGCCACUGGAUACUUGGUAUAGGAGACAGACAUCUGUCCAACUUCAUGAUUAACAAGGAGACGGGUGGCAUGGUGGGAAUAGACUUUGGAUACGCGUUUGGCUCAGCCACGCAGUUCUUGGGCGUGCCAGAGUUGAUGCCUUUUCGUCUGACCCGCCAGUUUGUUAAUCUGAUGAUGCCAGUGAAAGAGUGGGGACUCGUUUACAGUGUGAUGGUGCAUGCCCUAAGGGCUUAUCGUGCGGCUCCAGAUCUCCUCAUCAGCACAAUGGAUGUAUUUGUAAAAGAACCUUCUUUGGACUGGAAGAACUUUGAACAAAGACAGCUGAAAAAAGGAGGCACGUGGAUUAAGGAAAUAGACACAUCUGAAGUAAACUGGUACCCUUUGCAAAAAGUCAGAUACGUCAAAAGAAAGCUUACAGGUGCCAAUCCAGCAACAAUCACGUGCGAUGAACUACGCCUGGGCCAUGAGAAGUCGCCUUUUUAUAACAACUUCGCAGCUGUGGCUCGUGGUAACGCUGAUCUUAAUAUCAGAGCCAAAGAGCCAGAGGAUGGACUUUCAGAAGAGACCCAAGUGAGAUGCCUGAUCGAUCAAGCGACGGACCCCAACAUUCUUGGCAGAGUCUGGGAGGGAUGGGAGCCCUGGAUGUGAGGGACUGCUCGCUAAAGCCCAGUCUGCCUGGAGGAGGAGCAUCCCCUAAUACACAGCUGCAACCAGAGCAGAAUUUUAAGGCCAAAAAGGGAAAAAAAACCCCUCUCUAUCACUUUUAUCAUCAUCAGUUACCUUGAGUAAUACAGAAAAUAGGGGUUUUUUGUAGUAAAGCUGUAUUCAAAUAGUGUUUUUUUUUUUUUAAAUUCAUUUUCUUACAUGUGGUUCUGCAACAAAGCAGCUUUAUUGUCUUUGUGUCAAAAUCCGUGUAGGGGCUAGAGAGGCUACAGAGCUUAAAGAUGAAUUUGAAAGGGACUGAGAUCACUCGGAGGAAAGCACAAAUUCAUACCCUGCAGACUUGUAGGCAUCCCUGUAGUGCAAGUCUGUGCUUUUGUCUUUUACAGAGACCUUGAUGGCAAUCAGCUGAAACCAUUCUGCAGACACGUUAUUUGUAAUUAAAACUAGAAAAUUUUCGUAUCAGUAGAAACAAUGAAGCACCUGGUAAAAAUAAACAGAAAGUGGCUUUUAGCUCUAGAUAACACCUAAAGUCUCUGGAUGGAUAUUUCAUUACUGGAUAAUGAGAAAGUAAUGAUGAGACCGUGCCAGUUUGUUCCAGCAGAUUGUUUUUUAACAAUUCGAGCUUAUACUCUGUUCUCUCUGUCCUUUAGAAGUCUGUACUCCUCAUCUUGUACUAAUCUGUUUGGCCAAAGCCAAAAGGAGCUGCUGCCGAUGCAGCAGGGCGCUGGCAGAUGUGCCAGCUGUGCCAGAUGUGGCUCUUCCCCUCUGGCAGCCGGGUUUCAGGUAACCUUGGUGGCAAGUGCGGUGCAGCCCAGGCGGCAAGGGGGAAAGAGAGCUCUUUGAAGUAUUACGGUCUUCAUUGCCCACAGUUCGUUGUAGGAGAUGGUUUCCACUGAGGCUUUUAAUAAUUAUCGUAAAAGGUGUCAUAAACAGAAGUCUUUGCCCUUUCGCUGCCUGCAAGCUUUCCCUCCUGCCUCCAGGGCGACGGGGCAGUCCUCGUCUCCCUGAGGGUCGCAGGCACCAGCCUCAAACGGAUCUUUCAGCUGGAGAGCAGCCGAAUCCGCCUCCUGGAUACAGCUCCGCGGAAGGCUCGGGAUGAGGAAGAUCGCUCGCUGCGGCCUUUUUUGUUUCAGAUGCUUUCCAGCAACAAUUACAGUUUGUUACCUUCCUUCUUACUAAAUAUGCCCAAUUCUUUGUGUCAGUAGUGUUAUGAAUCAGGACAUUUGGAACC